AUGACCAAGGUGGCCUUGCUUAAGUCGUUCUUGGCUGCACAGUGUCAGCUGGGAUUGGUCUGCCUCGUCGCGCAUGUUGGGAAUAAUUGGCCGCAGUCUUAUCCAAGGAACGAGAACGCAAACCCUCGCAUGUUUUGGGCGAGCGUUUGUGUCUGCCUUAUUCUGGGGGCCUCUACAUUUACGAAGCGGCGUGGCCCGUCAGGUGGAGGAAGCAAGAGCACAGCCAGAACGGUCACGCCCCUGUGCAGGGAACAAACGGAAGAGUGGAAAGGGUGGAUGCAGUGGAUGUUUAUCUUUUACCAUUAUUAUCGUGCGCGGUAUAUCUACAAUGAAAUUCGGGUCUUCGUCUCCUCUUACGUCUGGAUGACAGGGUUCGGAAAUUUUCUCUACUUCGAUAAAAAGGCGGACUUCUCCGCACUUCGAGUGGUAAGCAUGUUGAUUCGGAUCAACUGGCUCCCUUUCUGGCUGUGUUGCGCACUGGGAACCAGUUUGGAGCUGUACUAUGUCGUGCCACUGCAUACCGUGGGGUUCUUGGUUACGUACGCAACAUGUUACUUGCAGCAGCGGGUCCUAGCGAAGAGUGUCGCUGAAACGAGUGCAGCACCACAAAGCUUUGCGCGUGCGUUUGGAGUGCUCGUCAGUUUCGUGCUUCAUUAUGUUUUCUUCGAGUGCGGGUUUGUGCAGCGAGUUUUUUUCUGGUCUCAUGAGCUCGAGUGGCGAUUCACAGCUGACAGGUAUACGGCUUUACAGGGUAUCGCCUCAGCGAUGCUGCUGGAGCCCGUGACGCAAGUGAUUCAAUGGGCCGAGGAUAUCGACAGCAAAGGUCUCAGGCUUUUCGCGCAAUGCUGUCUCCAGGUUACGGGGCUCGCUCUGGUCCUGUUUUGGUACCUUGCGUGGGGUCACAGUGAUGACAAGCUGGCCUACAAUGCGAUGCAUCCAUAUAUUUUGACUUUCCCGCUCGUUGGUUAUGUUAUCAUGCGAAACGCGCUCUUUUCUCUCACUGAGCGGUACUCAGUCGUCCUGGAGUUCCUCGGCAGAAACACGCUGGAGACUUAUGUGCUACAGUUUCACGUCUUCAUGUGCCGAGACGUGCAGCAUAUCUUGGUCCUCGUCCCAGGUGCAGAAACCUCCCAGAGCAGUGAGUUGAUGAAGGGCUUGAACAUGCUUGCCUGUGGAUCUAUUUUCCUCAGUCUUUCGGUGAUGGCAAGGCGGGCGACGGUGGUCACACAGGAAUGCGUCGUCCAGUUGUUGCGCAGCCUCAGUGACUCAUCAAGUAGAGCGACGAAGCCGCCUGCUGAGCAGCAGCGGCCCAGGACGUCCGCCAAGGCCUCAGGGGCUGUGUCGAUGCUUUUCUGUUGGGGCCUCUUGCCUCUGCUUGCUGUCUUUGUGUGGGUUGUUCCUUUCUUUGCAUUCGUGAAGGGAUCGGACGUCGACAGAGUUUAUAGGGCGAUAAAGCUGCCCUGCUAUAGGCAUAGUUAGAGUGCAGACAUGGCGACUGCUGCUCCGACGAAUUGAUAAUUUGCGUUUGAGCGGGGUCCGGGGUAGCUGACGACGGGAUACUGCUCUGGGUCUUGCGAAGUUGUGUGUCCCAGUGAAGGCGACGACGGAUAAAGCAGACUUUGUGGCGAAUCUCUCGACGAGAAGAGACGCCUCGACCUUCGAACAGCAGCGCCGCCCCCACCUCAACGCUCCCGAAGUCGGUGCCGCUCGUGCAGUGCAUGAUGGCCCGGAUGAUUCAUGCUGGUGCGCGGCAAAGUGAAUCGAUCUACUAUGUAGAGUGCUGCUCGAAUCAUGCUGAAUCGCAUCUCUUCCGCGUCGGACUUGGAUGUGAAAGCAGUAAUUACAGAGACACAGAUCUCAUCUCUUUUGUUUUUGUGUGUUUAUUCUUUUUCUCUACUCAUUAUCUCGACCACCCAGGAAAAUAUUUAGUUUUCGCUUGCUGCUGGUUCCUGCAGUGUGUAUAUCGUAAGCGAAGUAGACAUUCCACCUGAGCGCUCCUUUUGGAGGUACUUACGCCUUUUCCUGUACUCGAUGGCCUUAUGUGUAGACACUGAUAGGCACAAAACGCACGAGAUGCCAUGAGAUGACAUGCCAUGACAUGACAUGGCAAUGAAGAAAGGCGAAAACGCAGCCAAUGACUGCAAAAAUCCGGUCAAUAUUCAAUCCUGUCGGGCAGGAUAAAAAUCCCGAAAACAUUCGCCGCCUAUUGGGUUCGACCCACGAAAAU